CCUAAGAAUUCAUCAAUCAAAAAUUCGAUCUCAUUGAAACAUUAUUCAACAGAACAAAAUGUGGUGUUUACUAUUUUCCGUGCUUUUCUUGGGAGGCUACAGUCUCAGUGAAGCCAAAAAACUACCUCUUCCUCCAUAUAUCAAAGCAUGCCACAAAGAUGACCCGAACAUCGACGCCUGCGCAUUGCAACACGCCAAAGAAUCCAUUCCCCAAAUGUUGAACGGAGACAAAACAUAUGGAAUCCCGAUACUCAACCCCCUCGAACUGGAGUCGAUUUCAGUGGAGACGGGGGGGAAUCUCACCAUCAUUUUGAGCAAAGUGAAAGUUUUCGGAUUGGAUAAAAUUGAUGUCACAAAAAUCAAAGUCGAUCUGCCAGGCAAAGCUUUACAAUUUGAGUUCAAAGGAGAAAAACUCGAAAUUUUGGGGAAAUAUCAAAUGGACGGAAAAAUUCUCGUAAUUCCUCUGAAGGGCAAUGGCGACUGCAGCUUGAUAGCUAGUAACGUUGAUAUUAAAUUCAAUUUGAAAUACGACCUGGUAGAAAGAGAUGGUGAUGAGUACAUCCAGUUGGGAGAAAACAACAUUGAUAUCGAUCUGGAUAAUUUGCAAUUACAAUUCGAUAAUCUUUUCAAUGGAAAUGAAGAACUAGGAAAGAGCACGAAUAAGAUUCUCAAUGAAGAAUGGAAAGCAGUAUAUGCAGAAUUGAAACCGGCGAUCUCCAAAACAAUAUCAACUAUUGCAGUCACCAUAGUCACGAGAGUUACUGAAAGAGUCCCAUACAAACAGAUUUUUGUCUGAACCACUUAGUUCAAAAUAUUAAUAAUAGGUACAAUUAAUGUUUACUGAAACUAUGCUCAAUGUGUAAAUGAAC